UGGCAAUUGCAAUUUGCAGUGAGCAAGGAGCUAUGCGCUGCAUCCCCUAGCUGCAGUACGUGUCAUUCAAUCGUCCCCCAAACUCUGAGUCGUCACUUUCUGGAGAAAAACCCUGAAACAUGGACGAGGCUCCAGCUCUGCUCUCAUUGGCGAGGGAGAGGAUUGGCGAAGGUCGACCUACAGCAGCUUUGGAAGCAAUCAUCGCUGCCCUGCGGUUGACAGGUGGCGAGGCUGCCGUCCUGCAAACUCUGGAUCGUGCGCGGCAGAUGCACCAGUCGGGGGCCGCUCCACAGGGCGCUGCAGACCAGCUGGCGGCGCUUUUCGCUCAGUGUGUCCUGGCCGAGUCCUCCCGUGCGGCGGGGCCUGCGGAGAAGAACGGAGACACAAUCGUCCCAGAUGUCAGUUACUCGAGGGGGUUUGAGGAGGCACUGAAUGGUGCAGCUCCGCAGUCGAGCGCUGGGGCUUUUCAGGAGAGCAAUCACGACGCCUCACCAAUGGAAGACGACAGCGAGUCUCGGCAAAACGGUCGCGUACCCAUCCUGGCUGAAGAGGGCCGUUUGCAAGUUGUGCGGGAUGCUUACGCAGACGGCAGCAGUUUCCUCUGCCUCCGGUGCAAGGGCGUCUUCAAAGUUUCUCGGAUGGACGAACAUAUGACGAUUUGGUGUCCAGGCCUCCCGGGUACUUCUGAGCCUGGUUAGGGCAGAGGUGCUUGUCGGAUGCAAAGUUGUAUACUGUUGUGUAUGAAGUUGGGACAUGCCAAAGUUUUGGGCUGGUCGACUUUCUGAACCGAUUCCAAACCAGAUAUCCAUGUCGGUCACCAGCUGUGUUUACAAUCAAGAGGCGCAAGCGACCGGGUGUUGUUGAUUGGUCGGUGCCUAACAUCAUUUUCAAUUAUUGAAUUGAGAAUUUGUGCCAUGCUAAAAUUUAGGCUUAGUUACUCUGUUUCAGUUCAGCUUUGCUCUUCAGCAAGUUCAACGUUGGAGCUACAGUAGGCAGGAGCUGCAGGUGUCAAGAGGAUAACGAUGGACUCUCAAUCAGAUAGUAUGUUCGAGAAACUUGGGGAACUAUACUGGUCCGGAGAAGCAUCUUGACAAUCAGAUGGUCAUCACCGGAUCGCUCAGGGACGUACUUCAGGUGCA